UUCCACAGAAAACAGCGCGAAAUAUGGCGACGAAGUGGGUUUUACGAGAGCCUUGUCGGACCUCUCUUUAGGGAUUCAGCUCCAUUUAGAUAUACUUGAACUAAACAAGUUCAAUUAUUUUAUCAAAAUGGACUCUUCUAUAGCGAAGAAAACGCAAGAAACCUUAGGAAAGGUUAUCAAGAAACCACCAUUAACGGAGAAACUCUUGAGCAAACCUCCAUUUCGCUUUCUUCAUGACAUUAUAACCGAGGUUAUAAAGAAUACAGGGGUUUUAAAAGGUCUUUACACAGCAGACGAGAUGAACUCUGCGAACGUUAAGGAAAAGGAAGCAAAAAUUGCCUUUCUUCAAAAAGUAAUCGACGUAGUUGUAAUUGCUAGUGGAGUAAGACUUUCUGUCAAACCAAGUAAAAUUGUUGCAGGACAUGAACCAGAAAAAACUAAUGAACUACUUCAAGAACUUGCAAAAAUUGUUAUUAGCAAGAAAAGUACCAAUGAUGCAGUGAAAACAGUACUGAGUGGAGGCAAACCAGGCAAAGGAUCUGCAGAUGRGAAAAGAAAAGAAUCAAGAUCUAGUAGCAAAGAUCGAGAGAUAUCAAAAGAAAAAGAAGGGGAAAAGAGUGCUGAACGUGGAAGUGGGAAAAAGGAAAGUAGAAAAAAAGAUGGAAAUGGAGAGGAGAAAAAACAAAGGGAAAGUUCAGCUUCCAAAGAAGAUUCUGGUAAAAAGGAAAAAAGGGAUACAGAACGAAAGGAAAAAAGAAACAGAUCGCAGGAAAGGGAAAAGGAGAGGGAGCCUGAAAAGCCAUCAAGAACAGAUGAAGACACGCCUGAUGGAAUAGAUACUGGUCUGAUUGAUGGAAAUCUAGAGGAAAGUGAAUCACAGCAAAAUCUUAUUCCAAGACCUUCUUCUGCCAAAGGGCAAAGGAGAAGACAGCAUGCUGAUGAUGAAGUAGAAGAUUCUCAAGGUGGGGAAACUGAAGGUAUAACUAGUACAGAUUCUGUUCCAGCUUCUACAGAACAGAUGAAUGGGGUAUUACAUGAAAAUGAGCUUCCUCAACAAGUUAUCCAGAGCCGACGAAUGGCACGACCAAGCAGUGCCAGACCAGCUCCCCCUAAAAUUAAAAAGCAACAAGAAGAAAUUGAAGACCAAAUAGCAAGAAUUGGAUCAGAAAAACAAAACACUAAUGUUAUAGUAGAUGAUGGUAAAGAUGAUGAUGAUGAUGAGACAUUUGUUGUUGAAGACAAUCAUUCCAUAACUAAUGACAUUGACACAGUUCCUAGCACAGAAUCUCUUGAAGACAACAGUGGCCAUGGUGGCCUUGUUAGAAAAAUUCUUGAGACCAAAAAAGAGCUGGAAGGAAGUAAAGAAGAAUCUAGUACAAAACCUGUGAAGGAAAAAUCUAUAAUAAGUGAUGCUGCCAGAAGGAAAGAAAGAGAGUUAGCACAGAAAGAAAUCGAAAAACUUCGAGGCAGUAUCCAGACCUUAACAAGAAGUGCCAACCCACUUGGCAAAAUAAUGGACUACAUACAAGAAGAUGUUGACAGUAUGAAUAAAGAACUGGAGAUGUGGAGAACAGAAAAUAAAGAACAUACUAUAGCACUUAAAAGAGAGCAAAGUAUUACUGACAGUGAGAUCGAGCCGUUGAAGGCACAACUUGAAGGAUUAGAAUCUGAUAUCACAGAGAUGGUUGACAGAAUAAGCACAGUCAAAUGCAACAUUUUGAAAAAUGAAGAAAAGAUCCAAAAGAUGUUGUCUAGUAUAUCGUUUAAUUCCCGAUAGCCAAUGUUAAUUGUACGUACAGUUUGACCGUGUUGUACAAAUGUACUAUAAAACAAACACACACACAGUCAAAUCAAAAUAACAUACACACCAAUGCACUUCCUUAGAGAGCAGGCUCAUUCAUACAACGGUCUUCAACUGGCAUGAAAAACCAAGUAUCGUGCUUGAAAAGCUGGGUACUUUUCUACAUUGUGUCAUUUCCGCUCCAGGGCAGGUCAAUAUUUUGAUGUCUUUAGUUCUUUCGUCUUGAACACGAAUUAAGAACUGAAAAAAGCUUAAUCUUUUUGCGUGAAUUAUCAGAAGUCCUAAAGUGAAAUAGUUUUUACUCCAGAAAGAUAACUUCAAGGGCACUGACCUUUAUUCUCUCUUGCCUUUACUUAACUUGAAGUCUCGUUCUAUGAUCGUCAUUUCAGUAUAUACAGUUUCGGUUAAUUUGCACGAAGCCAUAUUCAUUCCCAUCAGAACUAAAGCAUUUGUUUCUGCCCGUUCAAACUCAUUCUGAAGUGCAUGAAUGCGAGGCUAGCCGGACAAUAAUAUAUUGGCGGUUUCAGCCAAUGGCAUGGCUGCCGCGUGAGAAAGGAUUCUAACUUGGGAUGAGAGAUACAUCGAGCGAGACUUUGAGAGGGUCCUACUGUUUUUGUGCAUGUUCUUCAGCUUCCAAAUAUAGCAUAACUUCCAUACUUUAUUGGGAAUCAAGGACUGGAAUCUCUCACUGCUGUGAUAAUGUAUAUUUUUCUCUACAUAGCGAAUGGUGAAGCAUGAUAGCGUAACUUUGAAAGGAUUUAAUUUAAGAAAUUGAUAAAAACAUUCUCUUUCUGCGAAAUGUGUACAUUUUAAAAAUAGGAGUAGAAAAAUCUUAGAAACUUAAACUUCAUGCUGGCAAUUGACCACGUUCAGCUUGCCCAUCUCAUGCGCUAGGUAAUUACCCAUACGUGACUUGCGCAUCUUGUGGGUUAGGUGAUAAAAAUGCCUAGUUUGCGCAUCUCAUGCGCUAGGUAUUUACCCAUACGUGGCUUGCACAUCUUGUGGGUUAGGCGAUAAAAAUGCCUAGUUUGCGCAUCUCAUGCGCUAGGUAUUUACCCAUACGUGGCUUUUGCGCAUCUUGUGGUUUAGGUGAUAAAAAUGUCUAGUUUGCGCAUCUCAUGCGCUAGGUAAUUACCCAUACGUGGCUUUGCGCAUCUUGUGGGUUAGGUGAUAAAAAUGCCUAGUUUGCGCAUCUCAUGCGCUAGGUAAUUACCCAUACGUGGCUUUGCGCGUCUUAUGCGUUAGGUGAAAGAAAUGCCUAGUUUGCGCAUCCCAUGCGCUAGGUAAUCGCCAGUCUUUUACCCAGAGCUCCUAGGUCUCGUUCCGAGGAGCUCUGGGUACGAAACUGGGUAAUGGUCAAUACGUGGCUUGUGCAUCACAUGCGCUAGGCGAUGAAGAUGCCUAUGGGUGAUAACCUAACGCAUGUCAUGCGUUAGUUCAUCACCCAUACGUAGCUUGCGCGUGUUCUGGGUUAGGUGAUGACCAUGCCUAUCUUGCGCAUGACGUGCGCUAGGUGAUCAACCACUUGGCAGCCCUGUCUUGCCAAUCUUAUGCUUUUCCAUACCCUAAUGCAUUGUUUUAAAGGUAUAGGGUCUCCAUACCAUUUGUAAUCACCCAACUCGAUUUCAAAUUAUGGAGUGUUUACUAGUAGAUAUGCGCUGACAGGUCGUAUGUUCUGAGAUUUUCCGCUGAUUUGGAUGAGUAAUAGAUGUUUUUAAAGGUCAUCAAAUAAGCCGUGCGCUUUACAUCUCRGUAGGAGCCACUGGUCCACUACUAGACAACUUAUAUAAAACAGUAGUUGAAAUAACAUUUUUCACAUUACCAUUCAAUAUGGCGGAAUUCUAAUAACGACCUGCCGCGAGUGUUAUAAGUCCCAAGGUUCAGACGCAUUAAUAUGGCUAUUAAACUGUUAUUUAUUCUUAUCCACUUUCUGAAAUAUAAAAAUACAGAAUUGAAUAAUAUUUUGUUGUAGGUGGAAUAAUAUCGUGAUGAACGGUUUUUUGAAUGAAAUAAAAUAUCUGAAAGCAAAAAAAUUAAAA